UGGUCAGUCGGAUAUUCCAAAAGUAGAUUUACUAAUUCAAAUGCAAUCAUAUUUAUGCAAAGACCAUUGAAUCACUUGUAUAUAAAAUUUUCUGUACAAAUCAAAACUCUCUAAAAAUCUCGACAAUUCUAAGGUUGUCUUAUUCUCGUGAAAAGAGAAUAGGAAGUUGUCUUAUUUUAUUUUUGGAUAUUAAUCCUCUUUGCUAUUCUUUAAGAAAAUUGCUCAAUUAAUUAUGUUAAAUUCCUUUUAUAAACAAUUAAAUAUAAACUCAUAAUCAUAUAGCUAGCAGUUCAGUCAUUUAAUUCUUAGUUCUUUACCUUACAGUUUAUUUUUCUUUACUACAUCCGAAAGCAAUUUAGAGUGUUUUUGUUACCCUAGCACAAACCUAUUCCCACGAGUCAUAUAUCGUACGAAGACUCCUAGGGAAAAAAAAAAAAAAAAAUCUUAAAGUAUGCGCAACAUAUAUAUGGAGGAAGAAGGCAUUCUAGUACGAGAAGAUAGUCCAAAACUCGCUGAAAAAUUAUCACCGGGCGACUUCAAUUCUGACUCUUACAGCCUUUACUUCAAGGGUUUUAUAAGGGAGGACUCACUGGCAGGAUUUGGGGUGGCAAUUUGCUCACAAGAGGAUGAUAGUGUCUUGUUUCAAAUGAAGAGAUCAAUUCUUGACUCUACCAUUACAGUUUUGGAGGCUGAAGUAAUGGCAUUAAAGCGAGGAUUAACCGAAGCCGUGAGUUUGGGGAUAACUCAUAUCUCCAUCUGCUGCGAUCAUUACCAGAUUUAUGAAUUGGUCAUGGGGAGAUCUGCGCCUGAGCAAGAGAACAUCACCUUGCUAAUGGAUGACGUGCACCGCAUCAGACAGCAAUUGACAUCUAGCAUCCCUGUUUUGAUGACUGGAAACCAAGCUAGGGUUGCUUAUAAACGUGCAAUGGAAACAGUCGCUUCUGAAAUCAGCAUAAGUAUGCCUGCUACUUGCUGUAUAUGUUUAAAUGAUGAUUUCGAAGCUAAGAAGAUGUUUUCUGUUACUUUAUGCGGUCAUAAAUUCUGCAUAGAAUGCCUCGAACAAGAUAUAGAAGUGGGACUUCUAGAGGGAAGUGUGAUAAGAUGUCCUUAUGACGGCUGCAAGUCUAAGCUGAUUCUUAGAAGCUGUGCCCAUAUUUUGACACCUAAAGUAAGAGAAAUGUGGGAACAAAGGAUCAAAGAGGACUCAAUUCCGGUAUGGGACAGAUUUUACUGCCCCAAACCAAAGUGCUCGGCUAUAAUGUCGAAAACCGAGCUCUUUGAAUCUACUGAAGAAGAUGGAUACAUGAGAUGCUGCUUCAAAUGCAAUAAACCCUUUUGCAUCAACUGCAAAGUUACCUGGCAUAGUAACUUGUCGUGCGAGGAUUACAAGAGAUUGGGUCCAAAUCCUACCGCAAUGUGGCGUCAAUGUAGAAAGUGCCAACACAUGAUCGAACCAUCGAUAGAACGCAUUAAUGUAACUUGCAGAUGUGGCUAUUCGUUUUGCUACAAAUGUGGAGCCGAAUGGAAGCUAAAAGGCGGUUGCUAUCAUCGCUACGAUAUGAUAAUGAAGAUUGUUUUCUUGGUUUUGUUCUUUGCCGUUAUAAUAUUAAUAUGUCUUUUAUGGGAGGACUACAAAAGAAUUAGGCGUGGCCAAAUUUUUUGAUAGGGUUAAUUAGGUUUUGGGUUGGGUUUGAGUUAAGUCUUUUCGGUUUGAGGUUGGAUUUCAGUUUUUCUUUUUAAUCAUAUUUAGCUUGACCUUUAAUCCUAAUGUUAAUGCUGGUCCAAUGUCAACACAGACUCCUUCUCAAUGUUCUCAUGUGUUCUUUGAGAAUUACUUUUAGUCUCAACGGUUGGAGGUUGCCUUCACCAUCACGGAAUGGUUUGGGGAAUGCGUACUAAA